AUGGGCGCUUCUUUCGCCUUGGCUGGAGUCACCGGGUGUCGCUGGGAAGAACAAGAAAUUCUCCCGCUCACCGCACGUCCCAUGGGCCGUGUGCCUGGUGUGCCCGUGCAUUACGCCACGGCGAUGGAGCUUGCCGGCGUCGCCUCUGGGUUGCUGGUCACUUGCUACGAAGGUCGCCCGACCAAGAUCGAAGGCAACCCCGAGCAUCCGCAGAACAAAGGCGCUUCCGACACGUACUCUCAAGCGAGCACGCUGGAGUUGUACGACCCCGAUCGUAGCUCCGAAGUCAUUGCUCGCAUCGGCGACGAAGCCGACGCAGACAACACCAACUCCUGGGGCGGGUUCGAAUCGGCCCUCGAUGCCAAACUCGGCGAUUACUCGGCCAAUUCCGGCUCCGGCUUACGCAUCCUGGCUGAAACCUCCUCGUCGCCCACGCUAGCCAAAAUGCGUUCGCGUUUUGCCGAGACCUAUCCUGAAGCGAAGUGGGUCACCUACGAGCCACUGUCGAACGAUAACGAGAUCGCCGCCACGCGUUUGGCCUUCGGCGAAGCGAUGCGUCCGCAGUACGACAUCUCGGCUGCCUCGACCAUCCUCUGCCUCGAUUCCGAUCUGCUGUGUAACGAUGCCACCGGGGUUCGCCUCGCACGCGAGUACGGUGCCCGUCGCGAUCCCGAUGCUGAGAGCAUGGUUCGCAUGUACGCCGUCGAGAGCACUUUCUCGACAACCGGCGCCAUGGCCGACCACCGCUUGCCGAUUCGCUCGCAGCAAGUUCUGGCCUUCGCCAUGGCGCUCGAAGCCGCCGUCGCCGCGAAGUCCGAUGCCGAAGCACCCGGCAAACUCUCGAAGGUCCCCAGUGGCGGAUUCCUCGAAGAAGAGUACACCGCGAAGUUCCUCGACGCUCUGGCUGAAGAUCUCGCCGAGCACCGCGGACAAGGCAUCGUGACCGUUGGCCCCCGACAGCCGAAGGAAGUGCACCUCAUUGCCUACCGUCUCAACCAAAUGUUGGGCAACGCCGGCAAGACGGUUCGCUACACCGCCUUGCCCGAGCAACUCGCCGACUCGCAGACCGAGUCGUUCAGCGAACUCUGCAAGGAGAUGCAAGACGGCAAUGUCGAUUCGCUCAUCAUCUUGGGCGGGAACCCCGUCUACGACGCCCCCUCGAAUCUCAAGUUCGGCGAAGCGUUGGAAAACGUCGAGUUCACCGCGCACUUGAGCCUCUACGACAACGAAACAUCGCACGCCUGCCAGUGGCACCUGCCGCGAGCCCAUUACCUCGAGUCGUGGGGCGACGCAUUGGCCAGCGAUGGUACCUACAGCAUCAUUCAGCCCCUGCUGCGGCCGCUGUACGAUGGCAAAACGCCCAUCGAAAUGGUCGCCAUGCUGCUGGGCAACAUCACCACACCGGCUCAAGACCUGGUGAAAGAGACCUUCUCCGAAACUGCGGGCGACGGUUGGGAAAACAAGUGGCGCCAGGCCCUGCACGAUGGUCUGCUCAAAGACUCGCAGUGGCAACCCGCCGCUCCCGAGCUACGAGCCGAACACCUCGAAGCGCUCGGUGCCGCCGAUGCCUCAGCCAGCCUGGCUGCCGAACCGCCAGAGAACGGCGAGUUGGAAAUCGUCUUCUGCCGCGAUGCUUCGGUCUACGACGGGCGCUUCGCCAACAGCAGCUGGUUGCAAGAACUCCCCGACUUCAUGACUAAAGUCACCUGGGACAACGUCGCACUCAUCAGCGAAGCAACCGCCAAGGCGUUGAAGGUGGCUAACGAGUCGCUCGUACACCUCACCUACAACGAUGUCGAGCUGACCAUGCCGGCCUACGUCAUGCCUGGUCAUGCCGAUGGCUCGAUCACCGUCAAUCUCGGCUACGGACGCGAAGCGGCCGGCUUCGUCGGCGGCAGUGUCGAGCAGGAUGUUCCCUCCGUCGGUGCAAAUGUCUACAAGAUGCGUCGCAGCGGCGCGAUGGGCUUCGACUCAGGCUUGCGAAUCGCCCCCACCGGGAAGGCUUAUCCGCUGGCCACCACCCAAGACCAUCACAUCAUGGAUGAGGUCGGUCUGCAGGGCAUGGAGCAACGCGUUGGCCUCAUCGUCCGCGAAGCCACGCUCGACGAGUACAAGCAUCAUCCCGACUUCGCUCAGCACAUGGUGCACCAUCCUCCGUUGGAAUCGCUGUGGGAAGAGCCCACACGCGAAACGGAAUACAAAUGGGGCAUGUCCAUCGAUCUGGGCAAGUGCACCGGCUGCAGUGCCUGCGUGGUUGCUUGCCAGUCGGAAAACAACAUCCCCGUCGUGGGUGCCGAUCAGGUGCAUCGCGGCCGAGAAAUGCACUGGCUGCGAAUCGAUCGCUACUUCCAAGGUUCGAUCAGCAACCCGUCCAUUUUGCAUCAACCCAUGACCUGCCAGCAGUGCGAGAAUGCUCCCUGCGAACAGGUUUGCCCGGUGGGUGCCACCAUGCACUCGGCCGAAGGCCUCAACGACAUGGUUUACAACCGCUGCGUGGGCACUCGCUACUGUGCGAACAACUGCCCCUACAAGGUGCGGCGGUUCAACUACUUCAACUUCCAAAAGGGCGAAUACGGCAAGUACCAAGACUCGCGCGACCCCAAACGUAUUGUGCUGCAAAUGGCACAAAACCCCGAGGUCACGAUUCGCUCGCGUGGUGUGAUGGAAAAAUGCACGUUCUGCGUGCAACGUAUCCAAGCCGCCAAGAUCAGCUCGAAGAACGAGAAACGCCGCAUCACCGAUGGCGAAGUCAAGACGGCUUGCCAACAGGCAUGUGCCUCGCAAGCCAUCGUGUUCGGCGACCUGGCAGAUCCGAAGAGUGAAGUCAGCAAGCUCCACCAAAGCCCUCGUGCUUAUGCCCUGUUGGGCGAAUUGAACGUCAAGCCGCGGAACCUGUUCUUGGCCCGCACCGAUCAAAACGCGGUUGACGACCCGACGCAUCGCCCAGUACUAGUCACCGGCGGACACAAUAUGUCCGACGUGACUGAAAUGGUGUCGCGUGUGGUGGAACUUCCGCCGCCCUCGCUGGCCUGGAAGAUCGCCAUCACGAUCUCGGCCUUGCUCGCGCUUCAGCUUGGGGCCCUCGUCGGCUACCUGGUGUGGACCGGCGUUGGUGUCUGGGGUAACCGCUCGCCCGAAAUGUGGGGCUGGCCGAUUGUGAACUUCGUGUUCUGGAUCGGUAUCGGUCACGCCGGCACACUGAUUUCCGCCGUGCUGUUCCUGUUCCGUCAAAAGUGGCGAACCAGUAUCAACCGUGCCGCCGAGGCCAUGACCCUCUUCGCCGUGGUUUGUGCCGGUAUGUAUCCCGGCAUUCACAUCGGUCGCGUGUGGGUCGCCUACUGGAUGUUCCCGAUCCCCAACCAGAUGUCGAUGUGGCCUCAAUUCCGCAGCCCGUUGCUCUGGGACAUGGUGGCUAUCUCCACGUACGGAACCGUUUCUGUUCUGUUCUGGUACAUGGGCCUCAUCCCCGACUUGGCCACCUUGCGAGAUCGGGCGACAACCAAAAUUCGCUUCUACGCCUACGGCUUGCUCUCCCUCGGCUGGACCGGUUCGAGCCGUCACUGGCAUCGUUACGAGAAGGCCUACCUGUUGCUGGCCGCCUUGGCCACCCCGCUGGUGCUUAGCGUGCACUCGAUCGUUAGUUUCGACUUUGCCGUCUCCCAGGUCGCCGGUUGGCACACCACCAUUUUCCCACCGUACUUCGUCGCGGGGGCCAUUUUUGGUGGGUUCGCCAUGGUGCUGUUCCUCAUGAUCCCGGCUCGCGAGUUCUUUGGUCUCAAAGACCUCGUCACGCUGCGGCACAUCGAAAACAUGAACAAGAUCCUGCUGGCCACGGGAACCAUCGUGGGCUACGCCUACGGCAUGGAGUUCUUCAUCGCCUGGUACAGCGGAAGCAUCUACGAGCGAUUCGCCUUCGUGAACCGUGCCUUUGGCCCCUACGCCUGGGCCUACGCAUCCAUGAUCUUCUGCAAUGUCAUUUCGCCGCAGGUGUUCUGGAUCAAGUCCAUGCGAACCAACAUUUGGGUGAGCUGGGUUGUAGCCAUCUUGGUCACCAUCGGUAUGUGGUUCGAGCGAUUCGUGAUCAUCGUCACCUCGCUGGCUCGCGACUACCUGCCUUCAAGCUGGGGUUACUACCGGCCGACUUGGGUCGACAUCAUGAUGUUCGCCGGCACGUUCGGCUUGUUCCUCACGCUGUUCCUGCUGUUCUGCCGGUUCCUGCCGAUGAUCGCCAUCGCCGAAGUGAAAGGCGUAAUGGAAGACGCGGACGAAUUUGGUGACGACGACUUCAAUCGCCCCACCGACUACCCCGAACGAACUGUCGGGCUGCUUGCCGAGUACUCCACCGAGCGAGAACUCCUGGCCGCGGCCGAACAGAUUCGUGAUGCGGGCUUCACGAAAUGGGACACCCACUCCCCUUUCCCCAUUCACGGCAUCGAAGACGCAAUGGGCGUAAAGCCCACCAUCCUCCCCUGGAUCGUCCUGGCCUGCGGUAUCUUCGGCGGUGCCUCCGGACUGCUGAUGCAAUGGUGGAUGAACACGAUCGACUAUCCGUUCUUCGUCAGCGGUAAGCCGCUGUUCAGCAUCCCCGCGAACAUCCCGAUCACGUUCGAGGCCACGAUUCUCCUCAGUGCCUUCGGAACGUUCUUCGGCAUGCUGGCCCUGAACCACCUGCCACAACUGUGGAACCCCCUGUUUCGCAGCGAGAUGUUUCGUCGUGUGACCGACAAUCAGUUCUUCGUCACACUCGACGCACGCGACCCCAAAUUCAACGAGGGGCAAUCCACCCAACUGCUCGAGACCACCGGUGCGAAAGCGAUUGAGCCGGUCAAAAAGAUCGAUCGCCCGGUUCGCCUCCCGCCGAUGCUGCACUACGUCGGCCUGGUCAUGACACUGCUGUUGAUCAUCCCGCCGGCGAUCGUCGUCGCCGCUCGGGCCGCGACCAAGACCGAGCCACGCAUUCACAUCAUUCCCAACAUGGACUGGCAGCCCAAGAUCGAACCGCAACAGGCAUUCCCGCUGUUUGUUGACGGUCGUGGUACCCGCCUUCCCAUUCCCGGCACCAUCGCCCGCGGGGAAUUGGACAACGAUUCGCACUUCUACCAAGGUGUGGUCGACGAAGAGUGGGCCAGCACCUUCCCCGGUCAAAUCGAGAUCAAUGCCGAGACCAUGGAGCGCGGCAAGCAGCGAUUCAACAUCUACUGCGCCGUGUGUCACGGUGAAACGGGCAACGGACAGGGCAUGGUUCACUUGCGAGCCAUCGAACGUCAAGAAGCGAACUGGCGUCCGCCAACCGCCUUGUACGACGGCCCGGUGCGAGAACAGCCGGUCGGCCAACUGUUUAAUUCCAUCACCAAUGGCGUGCGGAACAUGCCCGCCUAUGGAUCGCAGAUCCCGCCGGAAGAUCGCUGGGCCAUCCUGCUCUACGUGCGGGCACUAAAGCGUCGCAAUCGAGAUACCAUGCACAAGACACACAUUAUCAAUAUCGAAGACGAAAACCGGGUCCUGGGCAACUUGGGGCCGCGCCUGCUGCACGGUGGCGCCAUCGUCGGCUGUGUAGGGCUCGUCUUGGCCUUGCUCUUAAGCAUGGCCACGGAAGACAACGGAGUUGCAUACUUCUUCCAUUCCUACCUGUUGAACUUCACUUACUUCCUCAGCAUCUCGCUGGGGGCCCUAUUCUUCAUCGCCACGCAACAUGUUACGGCCGCCGGCUGGAGUGUGACCAUUCGUCGCAUCGCCGAGUUCAUGGCCCUGUUGCUACCCUGGAUGUUGGUCUUGUUCUUGCCCGUGCUGCUUUCGGUGCUGUUCGGCAGCUCAGACCUCUUCCAUUGGAAUAACCGAGAAUUGAUGAACCCUGAGAGCGAAGAAUUCAACGCCCUCUUGGCAAAGAAGGAACCGUACCUCAAUUCGUCCUUCUUCGGAGUUCGGGCCGUCCUCUACUUCGCCAUCUGGUUCUUGCUCGUGCGUUAUCUGGUGAGCAAGUCGCUGGAGCAAGACACCACGGGAAACCCCGAGUUGACCAACAAAAUGCAAAGCUUCGGUGCCCCCGCCUUGGUCCUCUUCGCGUUGACGCUCAGCUUCGCCGCCUUCGACUGGCUGAUGUCGCUCGAUGCCGAGUGGUUCAGCACGAUCUUCGGCGUCUACUACUUCGCCGGCUGUGCCCUGGGCUUCUUUGCCACGGCCACCCUCAUCGCUAUGUGGCUGCAAACAACGGGCCGGCUCACCCACGCCAUCACCAUCGAGCACUACCACGACAUGGGCAAGUUUUUGUUCGGGUUUGUCGUGUUCUGGGCUUACAUCGCAUUCAGCCAGUACAUGCUCAUCUGGUACGCCAACAUUCCGGAAGAAACACACUGGUAUCUCAUCCGCCAACAAAACGGCUGGGAAUACGUUUCGCUGUUCCUGUUAUUCGGCCACUUUGUCAUCCCGUUCUUCUACCUGAUGUCGCGCCACAUCAAACGUAAUAAAGUCACACUGGCCAUCGGCGCGAUCUACGUUCUGAUCGUUCACUGGAUCGAUUUGUACUGGCUCGUAAUGCCCAGCCUGAUUGAAUCGCCCUUCCAGUUCGGCGGGCUGCUCAUCGACUUGGCCUGCCUGAUCGGAAUCGGUGGGCUCUGUGUGGCCGGGUUUGCAUACGUCGCUGGAGAUCGAUCGCUGGUCUGCGAACGAGAUCCCCGCUUGGCCGAAUGUCUCGCAUUCAGCGUCAUCGUCACAAUCAUCCUCCAGGUUUGGUUGGUCGCGUUGUACUACCAGUACAACAGCCACGAGACCGCCAAGAAGGACAUCCCCGCCAAAGACAUGAUGGGUGCCACAAAGACCCUCGGCUUGGUGCUCACCGAAGCCCGUCAAGAACUCACCGCACCGCCGCGAGUUAUUGACGCCCAAACCGGUCGCAUCUCUAUCCCCAUCGCGAUGGCCGAGCAAAAGGUCCUGGCCGAACUGCAAGCCAACCCUGAAGCCAAAGUAACCGGUCCCGCCCCCCCUGCCCCGGCCGAAGGCGACACCGCUGCCCCAGCAGAAGGCGAUAAAGCCGAAGAGGGCGAGAAGCCCGCUGAGGAAAUGAAGGCUGAGGAGAAGCCAGAGGCUGACAAAAAGCCUGAAGAACCUGCGGACGAGUCGAAAGAAGAAAGCCCCAAAGAAGAGGGCGAGAAACCGGCCGAGGAGAUGAAGGCCGAAGACAAGAAAGAAGCAGACAAGAAAGAAACCGAAGAGAAGACCACGGAAGAAAAGCCCGGCGAUAAGGAAGACGCCGAUAAGAAACCGGCCGACGAAUCCUCCUCAACCGAGGAACCCAAGGAAGAGUCUGCCAGCCCAGAGGAAGAGGGCGACGAGUCAACUUCUGAAGAAGACACGUCAACCGAACCCGCAUCGUUGGCUCAGUUGGCCAACAAUGUCCCGCCCGAGAUCGAUUCGGUCGGCAUCGACGAGCAUCGCGGCGACACACUGCCGCUCGAUUUGCAGUUCGUCGAUCAUCGCGGUCAGACUGUUCGCCUGGGCGACCUGUUCGACGGCAAGCGACCGGUGCUUUUGUCGCUCAACUACUCCGAUUGCCCCAUGCUCUGUAACUUGCAGCUCAAUGGGCUCAUCAACUCACUGAAGCAGAUCGAAGGCACGCUCGGCGAAAAGUUCCGCGUUGUGACUGCCAGCAUUAAUCCCAACGAAACGCCCGAACGAGCUGCUGGUGCCCAGCAGAACUACCUUCAGAACUACGGUCGUGAGGCCACCGACGAUGCCUGGACGUUGCUCACCGGCAAAGAGGCCGCCAUCAAGCAGUUGGCCGACUCCGUAGGCUUCCGCUACGAAUUCGUCCCCGCACGGGGUGAGUACGCUCAUACUGCGGCACUGAUGAUUUGCACGCCCGAUGGGGUCAUCUCACGAUACCUCUACGGCAUCGAGUACGAUCCCUCGACGCUUCGCCUGUCAACCAUCGAAGCGGCCGACGGAAAGAUCGGCAGUGCCGUCGACCAGUUGAUUCUGUACUGCUUUCACUACGACGCAACCAAAGGGCGCUACGCACCCGCGGCGUUCAACCUCAUGCGGGUCGGUGCCUUGUUCACGCUUGUGGUGAUCGGCAUCGGGUUUGUCAUCCUCCGUCAGCGAGAACCGGGUGCCGAUGAAGACGGCGGACAAGCCGUCACCGACGAACAUCCAGCAGAUCUACCUCCGGCGGAAGAUCAACUCAGCGACGAGGCGAUUUCAGCAUUCAGUCACGCUACGCCCCCAGGGCGAGAGCUAUAG